ACAAAACGCUGUUUUUUUAAAGGGAAACCAAGGUUGUUGAGGUCUGUUGUGGGCAUAGCAGGUGGAAGGGUUGCUGCUGUUUGCAGGAACCUGUGGAGCAGAAGAGCUGUGCCAUUCCCCCUUUUGCCCUCUCAUGCCCCCCCUUUCCCCCCGUGUGUCACCCUGUGUGUUAUUGCCCCCACUCCCCCACCCACCCCUAACCUGAUCCUUCCCAUCGUGUUGCCGCUCCAGCCCAAAGCUGCCCUCUCACCCCAUGCUUGGGACAAAGGUCGCUCACUGCCAGCCCAAUGACUGCCUGGAUUGUCCUGCCUGUCAGCUUGUCUGCCUUCUCCAUCACAGGAAUAUGGAUAGUGUAUGCCAUGGCUGUGAUGAAUCACCAUGUGUGUCCUGUGGAGAACUGGUCUUACAAUGUAACAUGCAUAGAGGAACUGCCCCGGCCAGGCUUCCCGAAGUCAUGCUGCACCAUCCAGGACAUCCCCCUCAUCAGUAAAUGUGGCUCCUACCCUCCUGAAAGCUGCCUGUUCAGUCUAAUCGGCAAUGUUGGAGCCUUCAUGGUGGUGAUGGUGUGCCUUUUGCGCUACGCCCAAGUGAUCGAACAUAGCCACAGAUGCUGGGUCAACACCAGCGCUCUGGUGUCCGGCUGCACCAACGCCAUUGGUCUGGUCAUGGUGGGCAACUUUCAGGUUGAUCACGCCAAAUCUCUUCACUAUGUGGGUGCGGGUGUGGCAUUCCCAGCAGGGCUGCUGUUUGUGUGCCUGCAGUGUGUGCUCACCUACCGCCUGGCUGUAACAGCCCUCGACUACUGGAUGGCGCAUUUCCGAGUGGCUCUGGCACUGGGAGCCAUGAUCUCUCUUGUCCUGAGUGGCAUCUUCUUCAUCCAUGAGAGCUUCAUCCUGCAGCACGCUGCAGCCAUCUGUGAGUGGGUCUUCACAGUGGACAUCCUGGUCUUCUACGGCACCUUCACCUAUGAGUUUGGCACCGUCACCAGUGAAACCAUGAUGGCAGGCUUACAGCAGAGCCACCACAGCUCAGGGGUGAUCAUUGGCUCCAGGAGCCAGGGCUCAACACUAGGCGGGGCAACAAAGGGCCUCAAGUCACCCGGGGGAAGCAGCACGUCCACACAUCUCAACUGUACCCCAGAGAGCAUAGCCAUGUUGUAGCUCUGCAUCACAGCUCAGAGGUCUGAAAUGUCAGCACAGAGGUGCUUCAUGGGCUCCCACAGGAAGGCAAGUUGGCAGAGGGAGCAUGUGGUGGAAGAGGGGAGUUUGGAUAUCUUCAACCUUUUUGUUUUUCUUUUUAAAUCUCCACUGUUGACACAACCCACUACAGUUACAGUUUCUGUAGUGUUGUUGAAAGUUUGGAGCCAGUCUGAGUUUUGGAAGCACGAAUGUUUCUCAGUGGCUGUUGAUAUGGGCAAUUCUGUAUUAAAGUUGGGUGUUGCCUGACUGGGAGAAUAGUUUAUUAUUAUUUUUUACUCUGCAUUACUGGUGUCUUGAUAGCAUUUUCUCCUUCCUCCCCAGACUCUUUUACCCAAAGCUUUGUGCGGCCCAUCUGCUUUGGCUUUUUGCUCCUCUCUGCAUGGCACACUUUUUUCUUUUCUUUUCUUUCUUUCUUUCCUUUUUUUUUUUUUUUUUUUUGGUGAAUGGAAGAGCAAUUCAUGUUUUUUGAGUUUGUGUAGUAGGUAGAAAACACUGAAUGUCUGAGAAAUGAAUACUUAGUUGUGUUUUACAGUUUGAAAGCACACAGGUUUUUUUUUUUUUUUUUUAAAUCAGUCAAGCAUAAAUUAUCUGAAAAUUUAAUCUUUGCACCUGAUGUAUUUGGUUGCACAGAUAAUUUCAAUGCAGAUGGUGAAGGUACUCUUAAAUAAUUUUUCCAAAAUCCAUAUAUGCGUGUGUGUCGGGCCUUCAUCUCUCAUGUGAGAGCAGCCUGACAUUUUCUGUUGAAAUGAAUCGUUUGCUUUUAGCUGAUAAUCAACUCAUCUCCUUGAUGCCAUUCCACUACUCUCCUACAUGUCGACAGUUUCUUUGGAUCACUGACAUUUCACGCAUUUCAUGCUACCCUUAUUUCACUGAUGUCGAUGCAAUAAUUGCCAUCAAUCAUGUGAUAAUGACGCCUUUUUCAGUGCGUUGGAGUUUAACACAAGAUCUUUUUUUGUUUGUUUGUUUGUUUUGACAGACAUUUGAAGUACAUGUUAUGAUAAAACAAGUGUGUGAAGGUAAAGCAAGAAUCCGACUUUGACAUUUGCAGAAUAACAUAGUUCUUGUCUACACAUUGAUCUGAUUCCAGGCUGGACCCUUGGAAGUCUUAUUUGAGUUUAUAGAAUAGCUUUUCUGUUCAGCGUGAAAUGGCGUGAAGCCCAAGAUAGUAAGAGGAAGUUUGAUUCACCGAAGAGGUCAAUAUGAUGCUUGUAGGCCACCCAAAAAAAUAAUACCAUACAGGUCAUAGACUGAUGUCAAAGUGCUUUAUGUAUUUUUUCUUUUUUUAAAUUGUUUUAUUGUUGCCAAUUUCUCAUUAAGUUGUUAGCUUUGUAUUAGCUCAGCACCAGAGUGCCACACGUCACCACUGGUCAAACUGCGGCUGACUAAUGCCACCUACUUACAUCUUUUUGUUCGAGUCAAUGAGGUGUGUUUCACUGAUACACAGUAUUCUGCCCUCUCCAUAGUGUUGACUCAUUUUAAACUGUCUAAAACACUGGAUGCCAGCAAUACUUUUGUUAUUUUUGUUUUUUAAAAGGUCACCUACCUCUUUUAUCUUUUGUGGGUUUGAUGUUACUUAAAGGUGAAAGCUACUGUUCUGACUCAUUUUUCCAGCUCGCAGUGUUUGAGGGUGAGUGAAGUAUUUAACACGAAGGCGGAUCAGCAAUCUGCGGCUCUGUCUGCAAGUGUCUGCUCUAAGAAAUGUCAGCAUUUGCCAGCAUCCAUCCCGUGUAACAGCACAGUGGAUGUGCUGUUACACGGGAUGCGUAAUGUCAGGUGUCUUUAUUUUGUGUGCUAAGGAUUUCACUUUUUUUUUCAGCGACUGCAGCAAUCCUGUCUGUCUGCAAAUCUUGCCAAAAAGACUAAAAUCCACUGGAGUUGGAGUGAUUUUUCUGUCUGUUCUGUCACUGUUUUAGCAUUAUCCCUUGUACUGUACCAGGGGAACAUGUUUUAUUUAUUUUUUUUGCUUUUCUUGUGUUCACCUAUAACCAUACUGUAACUGAGUCAUAAGGUGUGACUCCCAAUGGCAGCUUGUGUGAGUCCUCACAUCAGGGUUGGGUUUAUUCUGUAACAGCAUCUAUACCAUAAUGCCAUCAUCCACAGGCCAAAUAUUAAAUUAAAGUGGAUUUAAUUAGUUUUUUUUUUUUUCCUAUCCAAAUGUGCACUUCAAUAAGCAGUCAGAUCACCUGUUUGUUUAUGUGAGAACACUGUAUUACAAGAACCUGCCUGAACUGCACAGGUGUUGAACUCUGGCAACACAGAAAAAUUUUACUGGUAAUAUUUCCUUUGAAUUUGAAGAGUAUGUAAAUGAAUGGUAAUGAAGGAGUUUGACAAAUCCCUGAAAUCAACACAAAUUAUUGUUUGCUUUUAUAAAUUCUGUAAAUAUGUAUGAUUUGUCUAUCAUUUAGGUAUUUUCAUUUG